CUCCCUCCUCCCCCCCACCGGCGGCGUACUUUGCGGCAGCGCCGAGCGCCCCACCCCCUUUCUCUGCGGAAUCACCAUGGCGGCCGGGACCCUGUACACAUACCCUGAAAACUGGAGGGCCUUCAAAGCCCUCAUCGCGGCGCAGUACAGCGGCGCUCAGGUCCGCGUGCUCUCCGCACCGCCUCAUUUCCACUUUGGCCAAACCAACCGCACCCCUGAGUUUCUGCGUAAAUUUCCGGCCGGCAAGGUCCCAGCCUUUGAGGGCGAUGACGGCUUCUGUGUGUUUGAGAGCAAUGCCAUUGCCUACUACGUGAGCAACGAGGAGCUGCGGGGAAGCACCCCCGAGGCCGCAGCCCAGGUGGUGCAGUGGGUGAGCUUUGCCGACAGCGACAUCGUGCCCCCGGCCAGUACCUGGGUGUUCCCCACCUUGGGCAUCAUGCACCACAAUAAGCAGGCCACGGAGAACGCAAAGGAGGAAGUGAAGCGGAUUCUGGGGCUGCUGGAUGCUCACCUGAAGACGAGGACUUUCCUGGUCGGCGAACGCGUGACCCUGGCCGACAUCACAGUUGUCUGCACCCUGUUGUGGCUCUACAAACAGGUUCUGGAGCCUUCUUUCCGCCAGUCCUUCCCCAACACCAACCGCUGGUUCCUCACCUGCAUCAACCAGCCCCAGUUCCGGACAGUCUUGGGGGAGGUGAAGCUCUGUGAGAAGAUGGCGCAGUUUGACGCCAAGAAGUUUGCUGAGAGCCAGCCCAAGAAGGAAACUCCACGGAAGGAGAAGGGUUCCCGGGAGGAGAAGCAGAAGCCCCAGGCCGAGCGGAAGGAGGAGAAGAAGGCAGCGGCCCCUGCUCCUGAGGACGAGAUGGACGAGUGUGAGCAGGCCCUGGCUGCAGAGCCGAAGGCCAAGGACCCUUUCGCUCACCUGCCCAAGAGUACCUUCGUGAUGGACGAAUUCAAACGCAAGUACUCCAACGAGGACACGCUGUCGGUGGCGCUGCCGUACUUCUGGGAGCACUUCGACAAGGACGGCUGGUCCCUGUGGUUCUCCGAGUACCGCUACCCCGAGGAGCUCACCCAGACCUUCAUGAGCUGCAACCUCAUCACAGGGAUGUUCCAGCGGCUGGACAAGCUGAGGAAGAACGCCUUCGCCAGUGUCAUCCUCUUCGGAACCAACAACAGCAGCUCCAUUUCUGGCAUCUGGGUCUUCCGCGGCCAGGAGCUGGCCUUUCCGCUGAGCCCUGACUGGCAGGUGGACUACGAGUCGUACACAUGGCGGAAGCUGGACCCUGGCAGCCAGGAGACCCAGACGCUGGUCCGAGAGUACUUUUCCUGGGAGGGGUCCUUCCAGCAUGUGGGCAAAGCCUUCAAUCAGGGCAAGAUCUUCAAGUGACCAUCUCUUGCCGUUGCCGCGCCGCCUACACCUGCCCUUCAGGGAGAUGGGGGUCAUUAAAGGAAACUGAACAUUGAA